AUGUCCCGCGGAGAGGACGGGGGCCUACGGCAGACCAACCAGUACCUCGCAGGCCGCCUGCCGGUCUCGGCCAAUGCUGCCCGCUUCCACCUGCUGGAGCUGUCCGAUGCUCUCCUGGUAGAGUCGAGCUCUCCUGAUGCCGUGUCGUCUGCAUCUCAGCUGGGCACGCUCGGUGCGGUGCCUGUUGCUGGUCUCGGACUCGCCCACGGCUCUGACCACGGACGAGGUGGUGGUGAUGUUGACGGCGGCGGUACUGGCGAGGCCCAGGGAGGUGGAAAGGCUGAUCGUGGAGAAAUGACAGCUGGUGGGAGUUUGGCAGAGGUUGAUGCGUCGGGCGCCGAUGCCGUGGCCGUUUCAGCCAUUCCCAUCGCUCUCGCGGACGACGAGGCGCUCAAGCGGCUUGGCUCGUCGAAGAUCAACGCCGCGCUCAAGGGCGGGCUGAUGUACCCGGAAAUUGUGGUGGAGACGCCGCGGUUUGCCGCGGCGGUGGUGGCGGCUCUGGCGGCUGUGUCGGACAAAAAGGCACUCCGCGCCCUCUAUGCGCUGCUGCCGCCGUUGGCUCGGCAGCUGAGCUCGAUGCAGCUGCUGGCCUCGCUCAUCCGCACUGCUGUUGCCGAGCUUGACGCGCCGAGUCUAACCCGCCGGCUGUGGGGCAUCCGCAUGACCACUUCGGUCCUGCGCUCGCUGCAGCGGCGGAUUGAGAUAGCAGACAAUGCGUCGGCCCUUCUGGCAUCGGCACUCGACGGCGUAGCACCCGAUGACGCCGCACACUUUGCGGCCGAGCUGGAGGAGCUUGUCAUCCUCGGCGCCCAUGGCGGCCGACUGCCGAUCUCUGCACGCUCCCGAGUCUCGGACUCGAUGCGUGUCUUAGUCGAGGGCCAUGCGCCGCAGUUCCUCUCGUGGCUUGUUGGCCUCGUUGGCUCGCUCGACGACCGGUCGCAGAAGAAGGGUUCCCGGCUACGGCACAUGUUUGGGCGGUCGUCCAAGCUUGAGCCGGCACUGCUGCAGGCACAUGCAUUUACCGCUCUGGGCCUUGUCUUUCCGCGGGCCAUCGAGGGCUACCCGCCGCUGGUUGCCGGCCUCGCCUCCGACUCGCCCGACGUCAUCCGCGCUUCGCUGCACGCGCUCCGGCCGUUUGCCCAGAGCUCGCCUAGCGCGCUCCUUGGCUCCAUGCAGCGGUUUCUGCAGGGUAAGAUGCUUGCGCAGCCCGAGUCGCCGGGCGGCCCGCUGACGCGCCGAGCACUUGUCCGGCUGCUGCAUCCUCUGCUGAGUGAGGUCGACGACCCCCACAUGCCCGAUGUCUUGCGGACGCUUCUGGUCCUGGCCGCCGAUGCCGUGCCCAUGGUUGCCGUUGCCGCUGUCGACGCGCUCGUCUCGCUGCCGCAAACCAGUCUUGCUGGGACCAAGGUGCUCCGCCCGCCUGAGCUCCCGGUCCCGACAAGCUCGAGCGAUCCACUGCCUGCGCUGCGCGACGCCGUGGCGAUUGUGAGCGACGCCGCUGCGGCCGGCCUUUCGCUUGACUCGUUUAUAGUCGAGCGGCUGGCGCUUCUCCUCGCCACCAACUGCCGGGUCCAGCAGCACCGUGUGCUGCGAGUAGUCGAGGCGACGGCACGGCGGCUGGAGAGCCCGACCGCAGUAUCUGCGCUGACGUCGGUGGCGGCUCGGGUGCGGGCGCUAGCUGGCUCGCGCGCCGCUUUUGUAUCUGCCGCCGCGCUCUCUGCACUGGUGUGGUGCGCGCCGGGUGCGUGCGAGGCCCGCCACGUUGUCCUUGCCUUUGAGGCCGCCUUGAGUGCGCGCGCGCUGAGCGCCCGCCUCCUGGCUAAGGUUUUUACCUCGCUGGCGUCACGGGUGCUCAUUGCGCCGGCUCUUGCCGCGCCUGCGCUCGCGCUCAUUGCCACCUGGGCUCGCGAGCUGCCGGAGAGUGUCGAUCCGGACAUGAUUGUCAACUUUUUGCGCAAACUCAUCCGGGUCGGCGCCACCAAGGCGGCGCGGUCCGAGUACAAGGAGGCAGCUCUGAGCGCAGUGUUCGGUAUGCUCGACCUCCCGCGUCGCAGCGGGCCGCGGGCUGGUGCCGCCCUCUGCAGGCUUCAUGCUGCUCUCUUCUGGUGGCUUGGUGAGCACGCCAACUACCUCAUCGGCGAGCGGCAGGAGCAAACGGCCUCGCUCGACGCUGCGCUUCUCGACGAGGCACCGACGGCGACGUCGUCGCCUGCGAUGCGCGCUGUGGUGGCCCGGCUCGAGCACGCGGUGGCCACCGCCGACCGCGAAGGUGCCCGCCUGGCGGCCCUGGCGCUGGCCAAGCUUGCGCUGCGGUCCGGCGACCCGCUACGGAUCCAGGUCUACGAGUUUCUGCACAUGGCCAGUGCCGAUCCAGGGCUCCGGCUGUACUGGCUCCUUGCGCCUGUGCUGAGUCUGCUCGACGAGGCGUACAGCGCUCGUGCCGAGCUUGCCAGGCGCCUUGAUGCCGCAGGCGGCUUUGGCCUCUCACCGCGCGACCUUGCCUGGCUCCGCGAGCAGCAUGCCACGCUGCUCGCCAAGUUUGGCGGCAUUGCUUCGCUUCCUACCCAGUUCUACCCCAUUGGCAUCGCGUCGGCCCGGCUUCUUGGCGGCAGCACCCAGCGCAGAUCGACCACCGCCGCCAGCGCUGCAUCGUCCGACCACGGCGCCAGGCUCUCGGCCUCGCCCGACUUUGGCGUCCUCUCACUUGAGCUCGCGCCCGUUGCCCAAGCCGCGCCGCCGCCGCAAGCCGCAAGCCGCCCGAACAGCGGCCUUGCCGAGCUGGCGUCAGCAUUCGGCAACAUGGGCGCGGCCGAGCUGGCGUCGGCGUUUGCAGCGCCCGCGCCCGCGCCCCAGCCCGCACCUCUGCCCGACCUGCCUGCCCCGCGCCGCCCCGAGUUGGAACGGCUCGACGUCGAAUCGCCGCGGCGCGGCUCGGUCGACGGCGGCGCGUCGUCGCUUGCCACCUCGAUUCCCAUCGACUCGUGGCCCAACUCGCGGACGCUCGACGAGUCGGACUCACAACUCCUUGCCACCGCUUGCAACUACUCGUCGUCCCCACCGUCGUCGUUCUGCCUCUCCGACUCGGAUGGAGGCCUCAGCUCGGACAAUGAGCUCACACCGCCAUCAUCGCGGCCGUCGCCGUCGGUCUUUGCGCCCUCGCCGCUGCCAGACUCACAGCCAGCUUCCCAGCCAAUGGGCGGUGUUGUUCAGAUCGGCCAUGUCGACCCGGCCUUUGCCACCAAGUUUGACGCCGCCUUUGGCUAAUGAGAGCUCUGCGCGCCUGCUCCUCC